CGGUUGUACGAUCGGAGGGCGGUUUUGAAGCAGAUGGUUGAAGGGAGCCUAGUCGGGAGAUGGAAGGCGAUGCGGUGGUCGACAACCAAGCUGCAGUCCAAAGCGGAUCUUGCCUUCUUCACAUUGCGUAGGGAGGGUGGGUGGCCGAAGUUGAAGGUGUUGGAGGUGAUGGAGCCAUUGUAUGUCUUGCCUCGGGGGAUGGACAAGGACGGGACUGCCCCGUCAAACCUUGUGGAGUUGAAGGUGUUGGAGCCAUUGUAUGUCUUGCCUCGGGGGAUGGACAAGGACGGGACUGCCCCGUCAAACCUUGUGGAGUGCGACCGGCUAAUGGAAAGGACGUUGGGGGAGGUCGUGUUGACGGAGGAGCAGCGAGGUACGGUGCUCGAAAAGCUGCUGCGGUCCGGGAAGAACUUGAAGGACCACGGCUACAUCGACCUGUGGACGCAGUUUUUCGAGUCUCUUCCACAGCCGAAGGUGGACGAUGGUUCUAUUUUGAAGGACCCCAUGGAGGAGAAGUACAUAACAGAGGAGGAGCUGGUGCAGGAACGGGCCUUCAUCAAAACACCAAAGGGCCGGAUUUCGAAAAGCCUUGAAGACGAGGAGGAGGAAAGCACCGACGACAACGACCUUGACGACGAUGUGAGAAUGAGGGAGGAGGAGGAGGAGCGACGCGCAGCUAUACCAACCCGCAAAGAAUGGGAGAAACUGAAGAAGAAGGUUGGAGAGCGAGAAUCGGAGUCAGUGGGGGAUAUGGGCCGGCUAGAGGAGGAGAAAGAAGAGGCGAUGGACCAGCGAGAGGAGGAGGCAGAACACGAGAUUGGCCAACCAGCGCAGGAAGAAGAAAAGAUGGAGCAAGAGGAGAAAGAAGAAGAGGCUAGCAUGGAGCAGCGAGAGGAGGAGAUGGAACAGGAGGAAGAGGAGGGCAUUGAACAGCAAGAAGAGGAGCUGGAAGAGAGUGAGAAGGAGCAGCAGCAGGAAAAGAUGGAGAACAACGAGGAGCAGCAGCAGCAGCAUGCACCGAAGACCGUGUACACGCGUCGAAAGCAAACUGUGGAGGCUGCUGGCUUACCGAAGAAUUCCCCCGACUUGAAGCGACUUCCCAGCCAACAAAGCUGAAGCCCAACAUGACAACCUGUGGAUCAGCAGGGUUGGGAGGAAGAGUAAGGCGCCCUGUGAGGACAAACAGCCGAAACCAAAACUUCCACGU